AAGCAAAAACUAUCGUUUUAAAUAAUUUAUCAUAUAAAGUUACAUUCAGAUAGUUUGAACAAUCUAUCGAAAAUUAUAUAAACAUUUAAAAAAUUUUAAUUAUUAAAUUAUAUCGAAUUUACAAUUUUUAAAAACAAAAAUUCAAAAUGUGGUGUUUAAUUAGUUUAAAUUCUGUGAUAAUUGAAAUUCAAGUUGAUCCAAAAGCAAUUGGCCAAGAAUGUUUAAUGAAGGUUUGCGAAGGUCUUGGUAUUAGUAAUGAGGCUGAUUAUUUUGGCUUAAAAUAUACUGGCCAUAAAGGAGAAGAAUUAUGGUUAAAUUUACGAAAUCCAAUUGAUCGACAAGUUGGUAACGUGUCACCCUUACGUUUCGCAUUAAAAGUGAAGUUUUGGGUACCACCAAAUCUAAUCUUACAAGAAACAACUCGUCAUCAAUUCUAUUUAGCUGCCCGUAAAGAUUUAUUGGAGAAGAAAUUACAACCAGCUGAUUGGGAAUCAACCGCACAUAUCAUUGCAUUAUUAAGUCAAGCUGAAACUGGUGAUUACGACGCAUUCAAACCACCGCAUCAUUUUUAUUUACAAUGUAGUGAAAUAUGUCCGGAGAAACAGGAUGUAAAACCAGAAAAUUUCUUACAAAAAAUCCUUCUUAAACAUAAAGAAUUACAUGGAAUGAAACAAUCUGCGGCCGAAUAUUGGUUGUUAAAAGAAAUUUCAGCAAUUGAUUCGUUUGGUGAAGAAUUAUUUAUGGGAAAACCACCAAGUAAUUUAAGUUUAGGCGUUGGACCACAUGGUAUUUCCGUAUAUCAAAAAGACUGCGAAAAACAAUCAAUUCCAUACACAGCAAUUCAAACUGCCCAAUCACAAAAACGUGUAUUCAAAUUAGAAUAUUUAAAUCAAGAAAACGAAGCAAGUUAUUUAGAAAUCAAAUUGGAAUCAUCUCCAGCGGCUAGUGGUUUAUAUCGUGCCAUUACCGAAAAACAUGCAUUCUACAGUUGUGAAACUGUACGUUCAGCAGUUACCGCUCAAUUUAUACGUGAUCUUAAGGGCACAAUUAUCUCAAUUUUCAAUGAGGAUUCAUCGUUAGGGAAAAAAUAUGUAUUUGAUAUACGUCGUACGUGUCGUGAAGUAUACGAUAAUGCACGACGUGCUAUUUAUCAAGCACAAAAUGAACAACAGUCAUCGGCAAGUAGUAGUGGUACAAGCUCAAGACGUAUGUCAACCGAAGAUGCCGAAGAUUUAUAUUUAGAAGAAGGUGGUGAAUGCUGUUCACAAUUAAAAGAAGCACAAAGCUGUGAUCAUUGUCGGGAUAACAAAUGUGAUGAAACCCGUGAACGUUUAGUUACAUUUAUCGAUGCAUUAACAUGUCACAUAUGUAUGGAUCAACCAAUCGAUUCAGCAUUUUUACCAUGCGCUCAUGCAUUAGCAUGUGUAUCAUGCGCUAAACGGUGUGAAGUAUGCCCUCUAUGUCGUGGUGAAAUCAAUCAAGUACAAAAAAUCUUUUUACCCCUUCAUCAUGAACAGGAUUUCGAUAAACAUAUCUCAUCAACGCCGGUGGUAAACUAAAAAAAUACAUAAUUUUUAAAAAAAGAAUAAAGUAUUAUUAAUAAUUAAGGACUAAUGGACAAUUAGAAAUUAUCUUUUGACAAAAGAAAAGUACGAGAUACUUAGAUUUAAAGAAAUUUCUCUCUUUAAAUCUUGUUAAUAAAAUUCUACGUGCACAAAUUUUUUUUAUUAAAUUGACUGACUUAAUUUAUAUUAGUUUAUAGGAGAAUAUAGAUUUGUAAGUACCUAGUCUUUUAACCAAAUUAUUUCGGCUCUUUUUUUUGUA